CUUAAACUACACUCUAGCUCCUCCCGCUGUCGGUUUUGGUUCUGGGGACGUGGCAUGGCAAAGCUUGCGGAGGAAAAGGGCAUGGCACCCCUUGAGGCAAGGAAAUGAGAAAACUGCCUUUGAUCCAAGCAGAGCAGGUCCAACAGUGGCAGAUCUGGUGGCCUUGGAGUGGCUGAAGACCACCACCCUCCACAGGGCUGAACUCAGGCACACAGCCAUCCUUCCCUUCCCUGAGUGAGCUUCCUCUGCACGUUGUUUAUAUCAUUGGCAGAGCCUAUAGUUGGAAAGGGGGGCUGAGUAACUACUGGACUUUGUAUGAAAACACCAACCUGGGACAGACCUUCAGUCAAGGCUGAGACGGGGGUGGGGAUACAUAAUGUGGUCUUGCCUUUAACUUGGAUCAUAACUGGCUCCAAGGUUAAGGCAGGGGCAGAGAAGGGUCUGGGGCUGGUCUGAAAUCUUGAAUCAGUGGCUCUGCCAACACUAGAGCCAAGGAUAAGGUCCAGGCCAAGGCAGAACUCAAAACAGGACCAGUGACCCAUGCCAAGGCUGGGGAUGGAGCAGUGGCCAGGACACAGUGACCUUCACUGAGACCAUGGCUAUGACAAGGGAAGUGAGCAAGAUGGAAGCUAUGACUGAGACUAGAGUCAUGACUGAGACUAAGGCAAAACCCCUGGAAGAACCUGGUAUAAUGCCCCAAACCAAGUUAAAGGCCAUGCCUAUGUCCAGAGUCAGUGCUGUGACCAAGUAUGAAGUCAAGGCUGUUGCUGGGAGUGAAGUCAAUAUUGAGUCCUUUGCCAAGGCUGAUGAUAAGGCUAAUAUUGGGUCCAGGUCCCAGAGAAGGAGAGAGGCCAGCAUCAAGUUCAGGGCUGGGGACAGAGCUGGUAUUGUAAUCAAGUCCAGUUAUGAGGAUGAAGAAAAUGUCUGCUCUUGGUUCUGGACUGGAGAGGAGCCUAGCAUAGGAUCGUGGUUCUGGCCUGAAGAAGAGACCCCUUUUCAAGUUUAUAAGCCUCCACCUAAGAUCCAGGAAACACCCAAGUCCACACCCAAACCUGAACUUACUAUAAAACAAAAAGCAGCAGCAUGGUCAAGGGCCAGGUAUAGUGUCCUAGUCCCAGUAGAGGGAGGGGAGCGAUCCUUGCCUCCAGAAGGGAAUUGGACUCUGGUUGAGACCUUGAUUGAGACUCCUCUGGGGAUUCGGCCACUGACCAAGAUCCCACCCUAUGAUGGGCCUUACUUCCAGACCUUAGCUGAGAUCAAAAAACAGGUUAGGUAUAGGGAAAAGUACGGGCCUAAUCCAAGAGCCUGCCGCUGCAAAUCACGUGACUUUAGUUUAGAGCCUAAAGAGUUUGAUGAACUUGUUGCCCUACUUAAACUAACUAGGGAUCCUUUCAUACAUGAAAUAGCUACAAUGAUAAUGGGCAUCAGUCCUGCUUAUCCAUUCACCCAAGAUAUAAUUCAUGAUGUAGGUAUUACUGUUAUGAUUGAAAACUUGGUCAAUAAUCCCAAUGUUACGGAACACCCUAGAGCUUUAAAUGUGGAUGACAACUCUGAGUCUCCUGAAGAACCAAAAACAGGAGAGUCAUACAUACAUCAAGUUUGUAAGGACAUAAUUUCUUAUCCCUUGAACUCCCCUGUGCAACUGGCUGGACUAAAAUUACUAGAGCACCUGAGUGUGAAAUUUGAGGAUCACCAUAUGAUUGCUAAUUACAUUCCAGAUUUCCUAACCUUGUUGAACAAGGGAAGUGUCAAAACCAAGUUUUAUGUUUUAAAAGUGUUUUUGCGCUUGUCUAAAAAUCAAGCCAAUACAAGAGAACUGAUCAGUGCCAAAGUACUAUCAUCAUUGGUUGCACCCUUUAGCAAGAAUGAAUCAAAGGCCAAUAUUCUUAAUAUCAUUGAAAUAUUUGAAAAUAUAAAUUUCCAAUUCAAAAAGAAGGUGAAGCUAUUUACCAAGGAACAGUUCACUAAAUCUGAACUUAUUUCCAUAUUCCAGGAAGCAAAAGAGUUUGGUCAGAAACUCCAAGACUUAGCAGAGCACAGUGAUCCUGAGGUAUUUCAAAGACUCACAGUAAAAUCAUCUGUUGGUAGAUCCACUCCUCUGUCUGCAAACAUCUUGGAAUCAAGAUCCCACCACAUCCAGAAUUAUCAGAGGAAUUUGUGCUGCCCGCGCCCCAGACCCUGGCAGCCUGGCGAGGAGGCGGCGAUUGUGUCGGAGCCGGCCCCUGAGUCGUGCGCAGCGCAGGGAGAUCCCUGGCAAGGAGACGGCGCGCGACCGGCGCGGGCUGGGCCCGGGGGGCAGAGUCGGGCCGGAGAGGCGCCCUCGGAUCCUGUGGAGGCGAACGGCGCCGGCCACUACCCGGCCAGCUUUCCUGCGACCCGCGCUCGACGGUGUCUGUGCCGGGAGAAGACUGGGGAGGGGAGGCCGCUGCGGAGAAAUGGCGGAGCGGGAGCUGCGGUCUGGCGGUUUCAGGCGGCAGGGUGCAUCUGUACAGGAGAGACUUCAGAGAAAGGAAGAGCAGGAAAAUGGCCUGGAUUUCUGGAGGACAACCUGAAGGCUACAACGGUAGAGUCUGACACUACUGGAAUCAAGGAAAGGAGGAGGAAGUUAACACCAUAUCAGUGCUGAUCCACCUCCAGUGGCAGCUCUGGUGGUGUUGGAAUUGCUGCUGACCACCACCCUCAACAGGUCUGCACCCACCAGAGAACCACCUACCUUCCCGCAGGUUGUGCCUCUUCUGCACUCUCUAAUACUGCCUGAGGCUGGGCUUGGGAACGAGGCUGAUUAACUGCUGAACUGGUGAUUGCCUCUAAUUCUUGUUGAGUAUCAUCUGAGUUACUGGAAGAUCAGAGUGCAAAGAUAGAAA